AUGGCUCCCAACGUUGCUAUCGUCAUCUACUCGAUGUACGGCCACAUCGCGAAGCUGGCCGAGGCUGAGAAGGCCGGUAUCGAAACUGCCGGCGGCUCCGCGACGAUCUACCAGAUCGCCGAGACGCUCCCCGAGGAGAUCCUCAAGCUCCUCCACGCACCCCCCAAGGCGGACUACCCGACCCUCGCGCCCAACGACCUCGCCAACUUCGACGCCUUCCUCAUCGGUAUCCCGACCCGUUUCGGUAACUUCCCCGGACAGUGGAAGGCGUUCUGGGACGCGACGGGCCAGCUCUGGGCGCAGGGCAAGCUCGCUGGCAAGUUUGCGGGUCUGUUCAUUUCGACGGCUGGACAGGGUGGAGGACAGGAGUCCACUGCUAUCGCUGCUAUGAGCACCUUUGCCCACCACGGCAUCGUCUACGUUCCCAUGGGCUACGCGCACACUUUCGCGGAGUCUACGAGCCUCACCGAGGUUCACGGUGGCAGCCCGUGGGGCGCUGGUACUAUGGCCGGCGCUGACGGCAGCCGCCAACCCUCCGAGCUCGAGCUCGGCGUCGCGAAGGUCCAGGGCGAGCAGUUCUACAAGUUCGUCUCGCGCGCCUUCUAA